UUAUCACAGUUCGGGUUUUUGUAGGCGGCACGAAAGAGGAGGCGCCCUGGCGGCGCGGGAAAGAUGCAGGCUUCGUCGUGGAGGAUCGUCCAUCGCCUUAGAAAAACAGGCAAUGCGAUUCUCACUCUCCUCUUCCUAUGGAGGAUGAUCCGGCCAUACUUACCGCAUCAGCUUCUCCGCCUUCUCAACCAAUGGACGCUCAAGCUCACCCUAUUCGCCAAUCCCUACAUCAGAAUCUCAAUCCACGAGUACAUCAAGCGGAAUAUCCGGCCGCACAGCGCCUACGCCGCCGUGGAGGCUUACCUCAGCACACGAUCAUUGGAGGAAGCCAACCGACUGACGGCGGAGAUGGUAACCAGGCCCGAUGGCGUGGGGGAGCGCCUCGCUUUGAGCAUUGCCGAAUCUCAGAGAGUCCACGACGAGUUCCGAGGGGCGAAGGUGGAGUGGAUCGCCGGGAGAGUCCGUCGUCGUUCCGAAAAGGAAAACGAGCUGGAGAACAGAUACUACACACUGGUUUUCCACAAGAGCUAUCGAGAUCUGGUCUCAAAUGCAUACCUGGAUCACGUGAUAAGGGAAGGAAAGUUGCAGCAAGGGACAAGAAGGAAGAGGCAGAAGCUGUACACGAAUAGCCACCAUUCCGGCACCGGGUGGAGCCAUAUCGUGUUCGACCAUCCGGCCAACUUCGAGAAGCUGGCCAUGGAUCCAGAAAAAAGGGAGGAGAUUGUUCAAGACCUAAUGUCCUUCAAAGACAGCAAGGAUUUAUACACAAGGAUCGGGAAAGCUUGGAAGCGAGGGUAUUUACUGUACGGCCCACCGGGGACAGGGAAGUCCACUCUCAUUGCAGCAAUGGCGAAUUUACUGUAUUAUGAUAUCUAUGACCUAGAGUUGACCUCGGUCACCGACAACAAGCAACUCCGGCAGCUCUUGGCAGAAAUCACCGGCAAAUCAAUCGUAGUGAUCGAGGACAUUGGCUGCUCCCUGGAUCUUACUGGAAGUAGGAAGAAGAGUAAAAAUUCCGCCCCUGAAAAAAGCAGCAGAAACGAAUCGGAUGGUCCCAGAGUCACUCUGUCUGGAUUGUUGAAUUUCAUAGAUGGAUUAUGGUCAUCUUGCAGCGGGGAGAGGAUAAUCGUGUUCACCACGAACCAUGUGGAGAAAUUGGAUCCUGCCCUAAUCAGAAGAGGGAGGAUGGACAGGCAUAUCGAGCUCUCUUACUGCACAUUUGAGGGAUUCAAAGUUCUAGCUAGGACGUACCUCGAAUUGGAAGAGCACCCGCUCUUUGAAUCGAUUGAAAUGCUGAUGAAGGAGACGAAUAUCACGCCCGCAGAUGUUGCAGACAUUCUCAUGCCCAAUUCGAGCAAGGACAUAGCCGCCUCUGCCGAGCCUGCCCUCCAACAUUUGGUUGAAGCUCUCCAACAAAGAAAUGCCUCCGCCGCCUCCGCCGCUGGUAUCCAAAACUAGUAGUAGUUCGUUACAUAAUUAGUUAUAGUUUAGUAUCUAGUUGAGAUUUGAAAAUGCUAAUUAUCCAUGGGAAUCGAUAUUUAUUCAGUUGAUAACCUUGACACAAAACUGCCCAAAAUUUUGUUUUUGUUCGUUGACCGUUGUUGACUUUUUCAUCAGAGUAGGCUACUUACAGAAAACAAAG